UUCUCUGUUUCUACAGGCAUGGUCUCGCAAACAACUGGGUUACUUACAGUGGUUUGCAUUCUCAGUUCAAUCCGGAGGAAGCUCAGAUGCGUAAAUUGAAGAGGAUAAUCAUCCAUGAAUUUUACAACUCGAUGACCUUUGACUACGACAUUGCUCUGCUAGAGCUCAAUGAGCCUCUGGAGUUCAGCAACACCAUCCAACCAAUCUGCCUCCCCUCAUCCUCUCACGUCUUUCCCCCGGGAAUGUCCUGCUGGAUCACAGGCUGGGGCGCAGCACGGGAAGGAGGUGGUGUGCAGAUCGUCCUGCAGAAGGCAUCUGUGAAAAUCAUCAAUGAUAACAUAUGCAAUGAGGUCUUGGGUGGGCGGCUUACAUCCAGGAUGUUCUGCAGCGGAUUCCUGGCAGGAGGAGUUGAUGCAUGCCAGGGAGACUCUGGAGGGCCCCUGGUUUGUUUCGAGGAAAGCGGGAAGUGGUUUCAAGCUGGCAUUGUGAGCUGGGGUGUGGGCUGUGCACGUCGGGAUAAGCCUGGAGUCUACUCCCGCGUCACCAAGCUCAGAGAUUGGAUCAAAAGGGAAACAAACAUUUAAAGACCAGGAUGAUGUGAGGAGCAGCAGCAGGGAACAGCAGAGGGCUAAAAAUGGUGAAGAUGUAACAUUUUAAUUCCAGCCAAGUCUCUUUGAGUGUAAUGUCUUCAUUAGUCAGAGUAGCAUACUGUUUUGUGGAGCCCAGCUUUUGAAACAAUGACUCUAAGCACUUUAUUUGGUUGCCAACGUCCCACAGGAACUCCACAGACUCAAGAUUUUAACCUUUUCUAAAAGUUUCUCUUUCCUGCCUGUUGUUCUCCCAUGUAUUCAAGCAAUAUGGCACUGGUGAAUACACUACAGAAAGAAUGUAACUUGUUCAAUUUGGGAAGACUUUACCAGUCACUGGUUGUUUAGUUUAACUUUUUUAACGUUUUCCUUGGCCUUUUAAACACUUUUUUUUUUAAAUUAUGUAUGGUAUAAAAAAAAAAAAAAAAAAAAAUCUAAUAUAUUUUUUGUUUUAUGUAUUCAACUAAAUUCAGCUUAUUUUCUGGCAGCAAAUUUGUGUGCCACAUUUGUCACAGUUUUUAAAUAAAAUUUAGAUUUUAAAUUAAGAAACAGACCUGAGGGGAAAGACUCAAACAGACAUUACCAGAAAGGAAAACUGAACCAACACCAUUUUAAUUAGCUAUGUUUAUGUUGCGAUCGGGAAUCAUAAAUACCAGGAGCUGAGUGGACUGUAAGGAAGAUUUUUUACAUUGAUCCUGUGUCGGAUAUCUUUUGAAAGGAUAAAUUGGCAGAAAUAAUAUUAUAAAUGUUUCUUUUAAAGUAUUAAGGAGGACCAGCCUUGAGUUGGUAUGUAAAUCUUUGUACAAUAAGUUUGAUUAGGGAAAAAUAAAUAUUUUACCUUUUUUUUCAAGGAGUAAAGCAGCAUUUAUUCCUAAUGUUGCUAAAACAUACUAUUGAUUAUACUUAAGUAAACAGCUUUAUGGGUAAUAUAUAAUUCUGAUUUGACAAAUAUUUUUUCCCCCCUUUAGGUCAAUAACGAAUAGGAGAAAAUACUGUUGUGAUUCUUUUGGUUGAGGUGUUAUUUUUGAGUUUAACUGAAAAUGAAUGCAUCAGAAGUUGACAGUGUAUUACUGUAAAUAUCCCUGUUUUUGUCUUGUUGAUUUAGAAGUUUUAUUUAACCAUCCCAAAAGUGCAUGAAACUAAGUGCUAUUGGUAAAAGGCUUUAAAGACCAAAAAUGAUGGGAGGUCUUCAUUUCUAGGGAUUUAAUUGAAAAGGGAAAGAUACAUUUUUAUUAUAUAAUCUGCUGAUUACUACUCAGACCUGAGUAAGGUAAAACUGGCAUCCAAAAAGUCCCCAGCAGGAACUUUAUACAGUUCACCAUGGCAGCAGAAGCACAAUUGCUCUGUGAAGGACAGUAAGAGAGGCUAAAAAAAGGCUUAAGAUGGGGGUCAGUGUUAUCUUUCAAAAGGACAAAAAAA